CUCGACCCGACUCGUAGCUCACCCACAAACACCACCAUCAUGCCAGCAGCAACAGGACCCCUCUACCCCGUCACGGGCUUCGACAUUAGCUCGCUCAAGGGCGCGACGCUCAUCAUCCCCUCCGUGUCCCUCGGCAACGUCCCCCAGCUCGCGGCCGACCUCAUCGUGUCGUCGCUCGGGCUCAAGCGCGUCGCCUUCCUCGGUACAGGUAACACGACUGCGCCGUUCGCCGGCCGCGGCGAGGACGGGCUCGUGACUGGCGGUCUUGAGUUGUACGGCGCUGCGGGCCAGCCCAUCUUCGUGCUCCUCCAGCGCGCCCCAACACUCAAGACCAAGAAGGACGCGCACGUCGAGCUCAUUUCGGCCCUCGCGCACAACUACGGCGUGGACGUCACACUCGUCCUCACGUCGCUCGACGCAGCCAACCAGGACGACGCGCAGCUCUUGACACCACACCAAGCCGUCGUCCCGCCAACGCCGGCACCGCACCCUGUGCUCGGUCGCCUGGCGCAGCUCCCAGCCCUCCGUCUCACGCUCGAGACGAACACCCGCGCACCCGCAAAGGAGACGACGACGUAUCCGCCCUUCCUUCCCGGUGCGGGGCUGACGCGCCGUAUCUUGGCUGCUGUCGCUGACGUGCCCUCCGGCGCCGUCUCUGCGUGGGUUGUCGAAGGCGACAACCGUGGCGACGCGCACGCGCUUGCUGCUGUCGCUCUUGGCGUGCUUGGGAUUGAGACGCAAAUCACCGAGCCUUCGACCUGGAAGGGGCUCUUCGGGUCUGCUGACGGGUGGAGCGGUGGUUCUGGGCUCGACGCCGAGAUCUACGGCUGAGGAGACAGACAUCUGAUGGGAACGGGACAGCGCCGAGUUUCCUUCGGUGGGAACCAUUCCAACACAAAGGACCUGGCACGGGCAUCUAGACGACGGUGCCCGAGAGAUGUAGCUACGGCAAGCUGUGGCAUGGAGCCGUGCCACAAAUGUACACUUUAUGCGCGUUGCA